AUGAACGGAAUGAAAGCCGUGAAGUCCGCGGCCCUUGGUGGCUACCGCUCGAUCGGCUUGUUCGCAGGCCGUGCGGCUGUGGCGGCCGGCCUGAGGGCGAGCUAUCCGGCCAUCGCGACCGUAUCCGUCGAGGGAGGACCGUCCAUGUCCAUUUGCUCUCUCGAUAAGGGAUCUCAGGAGGCGUCUCCUGUGUCGGCCGUUCAGAAGCCUUGGUGGGAGGAGGAGCAGGAGGUCGUCCCCCUCGAAUCGCUGGAUCCAGCCCCAAGGCUCGUCUUCGGGCCCGUUCCGACGCUGGAGGAGGCCAAGGAGGCGACUUCCGAUCUGGCAGUUACCCUCAAGGAAAUGUAUCCUUCUCUGAUUCUGAGUCAUUCUUCCACUGAAGUUCCUCAUGCGUCGUUCAUGUUUGAAGCUCCAGUAGCUGUUCCAUCUAUUCCCAGACAUGUUGCUCAAGCAUUUGAAUUGUUGCAAGGAAACCCUCAAGUCCAGAGUGUGGUAGCUUCAAUUGCCGCUGACAAGAAUGUUUGGGCUGCCGUAAUGAACAACCCAGAAGUUACAGAAUUCUACGAGACUCACAAGUCAAUCAUCUACCCUCCUGAAUCAUCAUGCUUUGUCACUGAGGUGCCCAUGGCUGACGAAGAUCACAAAUCGUCUACUACCAAACCAACUAAAAUUUCACAGUUCAUGAACUUGAUUCAUAGGGCGAAAGAAAAAAUGGUAGAAGUAGUGAUCAACAUAUCCACCUUCAUGCAGGAUUUUCUUGAUCCUAAAAAAGCUGGCAACGAGCAGGAUAAGUCAUUCUUCAACUCCAGUUUUGGAUCAUCUCUUAUGGCUCUAGCAAUUGCAACAAUUCUGGAAUAUAAACAAGCUCGCCUCGGCCUCGUCGUCAUCGUCUCCACCUCGCUCGCGCCGCUGAUCUGCUGCUGCUGCUCCUCUUCCUCCGCCUCCUCCUCCUCCUCCUCCGGUGUCUCUGGCGCAUUGUAG